GGAAAGUGUAAACUUGUUUUUGGGACAAAAUAUAAUUUUUACACCUUCCAUUUUUUUUCAGAAUGCGGUAAAAUAUGGCUCCCAUAAAGCAGCUGCUGAGAUAAAAAGAAAGGCGGAUGAAAAAUUAAUGAAGUUGGCUGAGGUGCAGAAGAAACAAAAGGAGGAACUCCAUAGGAGAAUUAGUCAACUGGAGAAGAAACUGCAUACAAAACAAGCUUUAGAGCUUGAAAUUGAGCAGUUAAGAGGUCAACUCAAUGUGAUGAAGCACAUGGAGGAUGAAGGUGAUUCGGAGGUCUUAAUAAAAGUCGAGUCAUUGCUCAAGGCCUUGAGGGAGAAGGAAAGAGAACUUGGAUAUAUGGAAACAUUAAACCAGACCCUAAUUGUGCAGGAGCGGAAGACAAAUGAUGAGCUACAAGAUGCCAGGAGAGAGUUGGUUAAUGGCAUGAAGGAAAUGUCGUUGAACACUCAUAUUGGUAUCAAGAGGAUGGGGGAGCUUGAUAGCAAGCCAUUUUACGAAGUAAUGAAAAGGAAGUAUAGUGAGGCUGAAGCAGAUGAGAGGGCCACCGAGUUGUGCUCACUUUGGGAGGAGUACCUUAAAGAUCCUGAAUGGCAUCCUAUAAAGGUGGUCAACGUCAAUGGCAAACAUCAGGCGGUGAUCAAUGAAGNUGAAGAAGACGAAAAACUGAGAGACGUGAAGGAAAGUUACGGGGACGAAGUUUACAACGCGGUCGUAAAAGCCCUCCUCGAGAUAAACGAGUACAACUCGAGCGGGAUGUAUGUAAUUUCAGAGCUAUGGAACUACAAGGAGAGAAGGAGAGCCACCCUCAAGGAAGGGGUUGAGGCUCUGAUGAACCAGUGGAAGCACUCCAAAUGGAAAAGGGGGAUGGAUUGAUUUGAUGAGUGGACUCGCCUGGCUUGGUUGAACUCAGUGAGUUUGUUGUAACUUGUAACACUAAUUCUAUUUGUUUUCCCAGAACAAAUAAUAAUCGAGUAAUAACCUGUACUCCGAAGUACGUGUAUAUAUACCUUGUAACGGAGAAUCAUUUCUAUUGUGUAUUCAUGAAUUUGAUUACAAUUUUU